UGAGCCCCCGACCAAGAAGCAGAAGGUUGACUCCGGCAAACAACCUGCCACCGACGCCGUCAUCGUUGUGGAUGAUGCUGCUGCCCCCCCCCCCCCCCAUCGUCCCGGAGGCACGACAAUGAAGCCUUCUUCGGCCGGGAGAAGCUGGAGGCAAUCGUGCCGAAGGGGAGCUCUGUGUUGGAUGCCACCCUUUGUCCCUCAGCGUUAAUGAGCCAGGUCAUGCCUUCGGCUGAUAGGCUGGCCCUCGCCCGGAUGGGUGAUGAGGCCCUCAACCAAAAGGUCCUCCAGAAUAGCGCCUCCGCUCUCAUGGGACUUUGUGAGCAGCUCUGGAGGGUUGGUCAGCUACGGGAAGCCAAGGUUGCUGGAGACGGGGAGAUAGCCAGCCUCAGGAGAAAGCUGGUCGAGGCUGAGGAUACCCUUCGGUUGACAAACGAAGGCGUGGAGCAGAGGGUCCAGGCUGCCAGGGCCGAAGGCAAGAAUGAAGGCCUAGCCGAGGCUGGGGAGGCUGCUGCUGAAGCCGCACGGGUUGCUGCUGAGGAGGCCGAGAGGUCGAAGGCCGAGGAGGUGGCCAAAGCUGAGAAGGCCGCAGUGGAGGCUUUCACCGCCGGGGGCUGGAGGGCAGAGUACAAGGAAGGCUGGGUGUCCUCGGCGGUGGAGGAGAAGGUUGACUCCUGGGGCGAAGGCCCUGGUAGAAUGUGGCUGGCUGCGAAAGGUGAUUCCUACUACCAGGGCAGAGAGUUCUUCACCCAACGCCUCAUCUACCGGAAGCUGGCUCUACAUUUCAACAUUUGGCCGGAGGAGUUCCGGCCCGAAGCUUGUGGCCUCCCCCCUCGGCAACCAGACGUCAGGAUUCCCCUCCCUCAGGCGAAGAGAGG